AUGAGAAAAAAGCAUUUCUUCAAAAAGAAAGAGGAAGAGAGAAAAAGAAAAGAAGAGGCGGAGAGAAUCAAAAAGGAGGAGGAGGCAAAGAAAGCAGCCACAAAUGCUGAGGAAAAGAAAGAGAAGAAAGAAGUGAAGAAGGAAGAAGGGAAAGGACAAGUUGAAGAAGCCAAGGAAAAAAUGCUUUCUCUUUGUCCGAUAAUCAGAUGCACCUGUAUAGAUACAGUCCUGAAACCUAUUGAAGACAGAAUGGAUAAAGUAUUGGGCACAUCCAUAGAUUCAUUCACAGAUCGGCGCUACAUCACUUGGCUUAGCCUGGUGACUAUCGCCUUCAGCUACAAUCUUUGGUUUAUACCAGUUCGUAUGACCUUCCCCUGUCACACUCCUACCUCAGUACCGCUGUGGUUUACUGUUGAUGUUAUAGCUGACCUGAUCUACAUCAUCGAUAUGAUCAUUUUCCAACCAAGGCUGCAGUUCUGCAAAGCUGGAGAUAUCAUUUAUGACCAAGCUGUUAUUAAAAAGAAUUACAGAGCCUCCACAAAGUUUCAGAAUGCUGUAAUAUCAGUCAUACCCCUGGAUUUGUUGUAUUUUCCAUUUGGAUUCCAGUCCAUUUUUAGAAUCAAUCGCAUCAUGAGGUUUGAGGCUUUUUUUGAGUUCAGUGAUCGGCUUGAGGGCAUCAUGACAAAGGCAUACAUCUGGAGAGUAAUUCGUACUAUUGGGUAUCUCCUGUUCGCCCUUCAUAUCAACUCUUGCCUUUACUAUGUGGCAUCUGCAUACCAAGGCAUUGGUACAACCAAGUGGGUCUACAGCGGCCAGGGCAAUGCCUACCUGAGGUGUUUCUUCUACUCAGAGAAAACCCUGCUGAUGAUUGCAGAGCUACCUUUUCCCAACACCUUAUUUGGUCAAAUCUUUCAGAUGACCAGCUAUUUUUUUGGUGCAUUUUUUUUGUCCAUCAUUCUUGGCCAGAUGAGAGAUGUCAUCGGGGCUGCCACUGCUGGUGAGACAUACUUCCAUGCCUCUAUGGACACAUGUGUAGCCUAUAUGGUGACAAAUCGUAUUCCAAAGCUGGUACAGCACAGAGUCCGUACAUGGUACAAUUAUACCUGGGACUCACAGGGUAUGCUAGAUGAGUCAGAGUUGCUGGAACAAAUGCCACUGGUAAUGAGAACAGCCAUUGCUGUGGACAUUAAUCUCGCCAUCUUCCAGAAAAUUGACCUGUUUAAGGGAUGUGAUAACCAGAUGCUUGUGGACAUGUUGCUGAGGCUGAAGUCUAUUGUGUAUUUGCCAGGGGAUUUUGUGUGCAAAAAGGGUGAUAUUGGUAAAGAGAUGUAUAUCAUCAAAGCUGGAGAGGUGCAAGUUGUUGGUGGGCCUGACAACAAGAUUGUUUUUGUGACAUUAAAGGCAGGCUGUGUGUUUGGUGAGAUCAGUCUUCUGCAGUCUUCAGCAAAUGGAGGCAACAGAAGAACAGCGAAUGUGGCAGCUCAUGGAUUUGCUAACCUCUUUGUGCUCGAUAAGAAAGAACUUAAUGACAUCCUGGUUCACUACCCAGAAUCCCAGAAAGUUCUAGCCAGAAAAGGAAGGUGA